AUGGACGAGAUCUACAAUGAGUUCAUCAGCAGGGCGAUAGAGCUCAUCCCCCUCUGGACUGGCCUGUUCAACGAAUGUCUCAGAAGAGGAGUGAUUCCGGAAAAGUGGCGGAACGCCCUCCUAGUCCUCAUCCGAAAGGGCAAGGGGUGCCCUACCGACCCUAAAUCCUGGCGCGGAAUAGCUAAGAAGUCAUGCGUCUACAAACUUCUGUCAACUCUCUUGACUCGCCGUCUCACGCCGUUCCUCGAGGCCUGCGGCGCGAUUCCCACCGAACAGCACGGUUUCAGAGCAGGGAGAUCCACGCUGACGGCCUGUAAGAUCCUCAAGGAUAAGAUCGAGAAGCGACUUGGAUGCCCGCGGCGACCGCUCUACACGCUGUUCGUUGAUUCCAGGAGCGCCUUCGAUGCAGGCUCGAGAUCGACUGUGAUCGAAAAGCUGGCCAUGAGCGGCGUCCCGACGAAGAUCCUCUACCUCAUCAGCGCAAUACUGCAGAGGAACCUGCUCCUGAUCGAUGACCGAGUUGCUUCGACGCCGGAGAUGCCUCUCUGGGACCGAAUAGAAACGGAUUUCUCCCAAGAGACCCAGAAGUUUUCAGUGCAAGGACUUCACCGAGCCGAAACUCUCUUCUCCGUUCAUCCUUCGGCCACUGCACCUCAUGUGCCAGACAUCGAAGCUGCUCAUCACGGGAAUCUGAUCGCCUUGAGCAUCGACAAAUUGCUUCACAUCUUCCGAGAUGGCGAACAUUGCGCCGCAGUGGAACUCGAUUCGACGCCGGAUUGCAUAUCAAUCACGGAUAUGGAUUUCCGACUGAUCCUUGUCGCCAAACGAGACGGCGAGCUCGAAGUAUUGGACGUCGAGGGAAAUUCUUUGUUCAGCCAACGCCUCCUUCAGCCUGGGACGGAAAGCGGAGAGUCAUUCUUGUUUCUCGAAUGUUCCUCCAAGACAGUCUGUCUGCUGACCUGUGACUUGAAAGUCCACUGGUUCCGAAAAAACGAGAAACCCAAUGGACGACAGGCAGCUGAAGUCGGGGACGAUUCAAUCGAGGAGGAUGUCAACGGCCUUCAGGAGGACCAAGCGGACACCGAAAAUGCCUUGCAAAACUUUCUCGACAUAUCGUCGAUUGAUCUCUCGGAAAACGACAUAAGCGACGUAUCCAGCAUAGCCCUCGUCGACGACGUCCUCAUCUUUUCGUGCGGUGCAGAAGGAUCUCUGUAUCGACUUGACGGUCAAAACCUGAUCAGAGUCUGGACCGCUUUCCCAGGAGGCAGGAUCCGGAAGCUUCUGGUCGGAGGGGGGAAACGAUAUCUUAUCGCCUUGAGCGAGGAAGGAUGCGUGGCGACAAUCUGCUUGAGGUCAUUCAUUCUGAUUGACUACAUCAUGAAUUUCACCUUCGAUGAUAUAUCCCUUUCCCAAACAACGGAAAACGAUCAAGUCCUGAAAGUUCAACUGAUCGGACUUCACGAGUCCGACUCCAGGAAAAGCAUAUCCGUCUAUAGUUUGCCUUCGAUGAAGCUCGAAUAUUCCGUCGAUGUUGAGGGACAGACUCAAUUGGCGAAACACACGAAAUCCGCGGAGGAGGUCGUCCUCGUGAUUUUGAACGAGGAGCUGAACGCCAUCACUGUGAAAUCUGUGAACGAGAGCUCACCGGAGAAUAAGCUGGAAAUCCUACUGCUGAAGAAACGCUUCCAAGAAGCCGAAGAUCUCGCCAUAAUGUUCAAGUUACCGGUUCAGGAUGUGUACCUCGAAGAGCUCUAUGAAGUUCUCAACAAGCUCGGUCCCAACGUAGAUACCACCGACAACGAGCGUCAGAUCAAAUCUGUCGAAGCCGCUUUCGAACGAUUGUUGGAGCUCUACGUGAAAAUCGCCUCUCCCAUGGAUGUUUAUCAAGCGGUGAUCAGAUCGCUCCCGGCCAAGCUGGAGCAAACGGCCCGUAUCCUCGAUCUUCUUGCGAGGGAUCUGAGUCGCAUCCACAACGGUAAUGGGAACAGCAGCCAAUUGGCAGACGUCGUUCUCUCGCAGUACAAAUUGGCAACGUUCAAGGUCAUCAAAGAACACGAUAGUUUCGAGACUUGGAGACGCUUCCUGAAGACCCCAACUCUGACCCUGAUCACAGAAUACCUCAAUAACGAACAGGCAUCUUCAGCCCUGACGAUUUGGCUCCGACACAGGGAUAUGAUCAGCGGAGCGGCGUCUUCGGUGUCCGUUGUGGAAUUCCUCGGCUCACUCCCGUCCACGAUCGACAACCUGAAGAAGUGGCUCGUCGACGGAAAACUCUUCACGUUCGUCAUCAGAGAUUUCCCCGAGUGUCUCGACGAUCUCGUCCUGAAGAUCGUCGAUGCGACAACGUUGGCCGAAACGCGAGAUCCCGCUACGUUCCCGCAAGCUCCGCUGGCACUACUAGGUGUCCUGCAGCGAGAAUUCGAUUCUGCAUUGAGCCUGGACUCCGAAGAAACUGCUUCUCUGCCGAUCGUCAUCAACGCCAUGAAAAUGUUCCAGGGUCUCAAGAAUGAAGGAUCUCCCGUGUACAGAAUGGCUGCGCUUCGACGGGACUUGGAAUUCAUCCAGACCUUGAUUCAGAAGUAUCACGUCCACCUUUCCUUAGCUGAGCUCUCGAGUAUGCCCGAAAAAGAACUCAUGUUCUACAUCAUGAAUCGACUUGAGAGCGAGGUGGAGUUGCGCAACUUCAUCCACGGGACCUUGAAGGACACCUGCAUCAGGAUCAAGAUCGACCUGAACGACAUGCUCUUGGAGUACAUCGACUAUUUGAGGACUCGAUCCGAUGCGGCGGAAGGGGGCGAUUGGGAACCGAAGGCUUGUAAACUCUUCAAACUUCUGUCGAAUCCUGAUUUCAUGUCGAAAGCCGCUCUGUCGAUGAUUGAAGCCGCCUCGAUACCGUGGAAGCAGUGCGUCAACGAAGUUUUCGACAUCGCCAUCGGUAUGGACUUUGUUCAUAAAGAGAAGCUCGAAUCCGUAAAGCGAGACAUUCCCCUGAAAAUGAUGCUGAAGAAACACGCGGUACCGUACGCCGAUCUCGACGAAGAGGACACGAUCGCGUUAUUGAUCGGCGCUGGGGAAACUCUGGAUGAGCUGUUGGGCAUGGCUUCGAAAGUCGGCUGGUCGAGAGCGGAAAUCCUCGUGGAAUUCCUCGUGAAACAGUGCGAGGAUGGUGACUCCGAAAAAGUCGAGGAGAUCCUCCGUGAUUAUCAGGAAGAACUCUCAGACACGACCGUAUGGUCACGUCUGCAAUGCGUAUUCGACAACGGGUCCCUGAAAGGAUUACCCGCCGCUCUGAUCAAACAUUGCUUGGUGUCUUGUUCGCGAGGCGAGUUCGCACCGUUGCGUAGUCCUUUGGAGCCAAUGGCGGAAAUCUUGGGCAACAUCAGAGGCGACUCGGACGAAGAGGUUUUCUGCGAGCUCUAUCUGUACAGCAAGGAGCGUGGAUGUUUCAUACAGGACAUCCUCUACGACAUUCUCGUUCACGCUGUGCAGAGCUCAAGUCCCAGAGUCCCGCAAAUUGCGUCCUGUUUCCUCCGACAGGACGUUCACCAACGCGAAUGCCUUCUAGCCGUUCAGUAUCUUCUAGCUAAUUACACGGCGGUCCAGAUGAGUGAUAUAUUGUCAACUAUGAUCGCAAGAUGCAAUCUCCACGACUCCAGGUACAGUCUCUGCUUGAUGUGGACGACGAUUUUGAGCCACUUCAAUCGAACGUCCAGCGUCGAUCCUUUCGUCUGCUGGAAGUUCUCCUCCGAUUAUUCGGCUCGUAGGUUCCUGAUGCCAGCUACGGUCGUCUCGAGCGUGAACAAGCUGGUGAAUAUCGCGUUCGAUGACAGCACUCGAGAGAUGUCAACAGAAGUGUGGUUGGAAAAGAUCCUGGGGGCCAGCAAGCAGUGCUCCGACGAGCUGCAACGGAUCUCCGCCGUCGACCUCACGUGUGAACUCCUGGAGUGCGUGAGAGUAGUCUUGAGUCACUACGAGAUCGACGAACCACCUCAGAUCACGAAAAUGAUCACCGACUGUACCAGAACAUUCAUCAGAGAACACAUAUCCUCAAAAUACACGGAUCUCUUUCUGACGGCGCACGUUUUAGCUUCGCUGGGAUCGGAGUUGCUGGUUCCGUACUUCCAGUCGAUACUCGCUCAGUCGUUAUCCAGCACCGUCAUGGUCAACAAGCUCGCAUCGGUCGGACUCUUGGUCAGCGACAUGCUGCAGCUGCCCGGGAAAGCUCAUCUCGCUGCGACGUUGAAAGCUAGCGAAUGGUGUCUGAAGGUGUCUGAGUACGGGGUCGAUGCGAAGAGAAUUUUGAAGGAGGGCUUCAACAAGAAGAACGCCGACGACGUCGCUGAAAAACUCACCCAGAGCCACGUGAUGAACAUCGAUCUACUGCGCCAGUUCGCGCAGGAAUUCUCGCUUGGGUCUCUGAAUGCGCACGCGUCGAAACUCUUCCAAAGCCUCGUCGUUUCAGCGGCCGAGCGCGUACACAACGGGAAAGUUCAGCAGGUCUAUUUGGAAGUGCUCCCGAAAGCCGACAGCAUUUUAUCCCUGCUGACGGCAGACGAGACGCGGGACACCCUGCAGGAAACAUUGACUCAGGUCGACGACUACUGUUACGAGGUCCUGCAGUACCUCUACGAGAAACUCGUGGCCUUGAAUUCGAAUCAUCAGCGGGAGCUGCAUCUCCUGCUUUUCCUAAAGGGUUACAACCGUAAGGGUAAGAUCUCCGCGAAAGAAAACCGUCAGUGGACACUCCUGCAUCCAGACCUUUGUCUCAUGCCUGACGUGGCUUCCCGACGGAUCCCGCUCAGGGUCAUCAUGAAUAAACCUCAAUUGGUUCUCGAAAGCGAGCUCGGUGGGAACAAUAUCGACGAUUGGGUUCCGGUGUCUCAUUUGAUAAAUCUCGCACCCGACGACAUGCGGAUCCUCGCCCUCUCGAAUCUCGUGAAGAAAUAUCAGCAGCGAGCUAGUUUCUUUACGUGCGACGAUAGUUUCGUGAAAUUGUUCAUGAAGCUCGUCGAUGACAUGACCGACGAGAAAAAAGCUCUAAGCAGUGCCUUGCACAUGUUCAAUGAAUUACCCCGCGGGAAGACCAAGGUCCAAAUUGCCCAUGCGCUCUGGCGGUAUGCCGAGGAUUGUAACGGCGUUUCGAAACUCGCGCAAACGUUCCAGUCCCAAUUCCGAGCUCUAGGGUGUGAACUCGUACUGAGGGAGAACAGUUUCGAAGAUAAUUCCUAUCUAAGACGAUGCACAGAUCCGAACGACUUGGUGAACACGAUCCUCGAGCAGAAGCUCAACACCGCGCUCAGCCUCGAGGCAGCGAGGGUUCUUCCUGUCAUCGAACAAACGGCGAGCCUCUCGAACGUGAAGACCAAGGAGCUCCUGGCCCGAUUUCUGCACAAAUGGAUCAUGAAAGCGCGUUUGCCAGAUCACCAUGCUGAAGUAACGGCGACCUUCAACUUCAAUCAGAUCAUGAACGGAGCUUCGAAAGCGAGUAUCAUGGACUUCGAAGAAGUCAUCAAGAUCAUCCGUCUACUGGUCGUUCUGCCUGACGACACCGGAGUCCAGUUGAUGAAUCAAUUUCUAGCCUUCCAAAAUACGACCUCGUAUGGCGUUGAUCAGCAGCUCCGAUCUACUCUGGCGGUGCUAUGCGCCUUCGACGAGCCCACGGCGGGUUCGCUGCUGGGUGAUUCGCCCAAAUCGCUUUCGCUUCAAUGUAAUCAGCUGUUGUAUACGAUGAAAGUCCGAAAGCAAGGUCUCAAUCUUAACUCCUUCCUCACGUCCGAGGAAUUGGUCUGCCAAGUGAUCGAGCAUCUUCUUCAGAGAAAACAAAGAGAUUCUCUUAUCCUGGCAUUCCAGCUUUGUAGGGAUUUCUGUCUCCAAGACGAGGCCACUCUCUGCGCGUUAGUGGAAGCUAUAGCGGGACGACCAGACAUUCUCGAGGAUGCGGUCCUAUAUCUCCAGAGAUUCAAAUCAGUUUUCGGUCUUCCUGAUUAUGUUCAAUGUUGGCAUCGCGUUAAAUCGCUAUGAGCUGUACGUUCUCUGGCCCUGGUCUGAACAUAUAUAUAUUUUCUCCUCGGAAUGCGACAGUGCGAUAUAUUCUUCUGAAUGAUUCAUCGUCUGAAUGUAUGUAGUGAGAUGACAAGCUUGAAGUCAUACCGACUCCGCCUUGCCCUUUGUCAGUCGAACAUUCCUGUCGACGAGUUCCGAUUCCCUAAACCUCAAGGUAUCCCCCAACGGGUGACUGUACAUUCAUGUAUAUUGAUUCUGGAGUAUGAUAAAUGGA